GUUCUCCGUCUUCGGUCUGGGCUCCCGGGCGUACCCCCACUUCUGCGCCUUCGCCCACGCGGUGGACACCCGGCUGGAGGAGCUGGGCGGGGAGCGGAUCCUGCCGCUGGGCGAGGGGGACGAGCUGUGCGGCCAGGAGGAGUCCUUCCGCACCUGGGCCUCCAGCGUCUUCAAGGCCGCCUGCGACACCUUCUGCGUCGCAUCGGACACCGUCUCCGCCGAGGUUUUCUCCGCCCGCUCCAGCUGGAAGCGCAACCGGCACCGGGUCCUGGCCCACCCCAGCGUCACCUUUGACCUCCUGGCAGAUCUGACGAAGAUGCAUAAACGGAAGGUGUUCCCCUGCUACGUCAUUUCGGUCACAAAUCUGCAGAGCUCCGAUUCCGGCCGCUCCACCCUCCUGGUGCGCCUGCAGACGGGAGACCAAGCGGAGCUACAGUACCAGCCGGGCGACCACGUCAGCAUCUUCCCGGCCAACCGGGCGCCGCUGGUGGAGGCGCUCAUGCGCCUGGUCCAGGACCCCCCGCCGGCCGAGGAGCCCGUCGCCGUGGAGACCCUGGAGGCGGGCACCGAGGGGGUGAAGCGGAUGUGGGUGCCCAGCUCCCGGUUGCCCCCCUGCACCCUGCGCCAGGCGCUGACCUACUUCCUGGAUAUCACCACGGCCCCCAGCCCCCAGAUGCUCCAGCUGCUGGCCGGCCUGGCCGAGGACCGGACGGAGCGGGAGAAGCUGCAGCGGCUCAGCCAGGACUCCCUACUCUACGAAGAGUGGAAGUGGUUCCGGUGCCCGACGGUGGUCGAACUGUUGGAGGAGUUCCCCUCGGUGGCGCUGCCCACCUCGCUGCUGCUCACCCAGCUGCCCCUACUACAGGCCCGCCAGUACUCCGUUAGCUCCGCGCCCGACACCCAUCCGGGGGAGCUGCACCUCACCGUAGCCGUGCUAAACUAUCGCAGUCAGGAUGGGAAGGGCCCCAUGCACUACGGAGUCUGCUCCACGUGGCUGUCCCAGCUCUCUCCGGGCGAGAUGGUGCCAGCUUUCGUCCGAAGCACCCCAAAUUUCCAGCUGCCAGAGGACCCCACGGCCCCCUGCAUCCUGGUGGGGCCUGGCACCGGCAUCGCCCCUUUUCGGGGUUUCUGGCAGCAACGACAACACCGGAUGAAAACCGAAGGCCUGACCCCCGGCGACAUGACCCUUGUUUUUGGCUGCCGCAGUUCCCGCCACGACCACAUCUACAGCGAGGAGAUCCGAGAGGCGCAGGAGACGGGGGCCCUACGUCGCGUCCUCACCGGCUUCUCGCGGGACCCCGAUUACCCCAAGACCUACGUGCAGGACCUGCUGAGGCUGCACCUGGCGGACCACGUCUUCGACGUGCUGAGCCAGCGUGAGGGCCACGUCUACGUCUGUGGCGACGUCACAAUGGCCACGGGGGUCCUGCAGACCAUCCAGCAGAUCUUGGUGCAGGAAGGGAGGAUGUCGUUGGUGGAGGCAGGCGACGCCAUCAGCGAACUCCGGGACCAAAACCGCUACCACGAGGACAUCUUCGGCCUGACCUUCCGCACACAGGAAGUGGCGUCGCGCAUCCGAAGUCUCUCCUUCUCCAAGCACGGCCGGAAAAGCGGCCUCGUGGCGGAGAUCUGA